AUGAGNUAUUAAUAAUUAUCACUUAAUUUAUUAUAAGCUGAAUAAAUUAAUGUUGAAAAAAUUGGGAAAUUCUAUGAAAAUAAAGGUUAAUAGGAAACCUUUGAAAAUUCAAAUGAUUUCAUGAAAAAAUUUGAUGGAAUGAAAUAAUAAUAAAUCCUUAAAAAAGACAAUCCCAUUAAUAUUAAGGAGACGGAAUUAUUACCUGAUCUCUAAGAUGAAUAAGUUAAAUUAGAGAUAACAGAGACUGAAAAAUAGAUAGAAGAUUUGAAGAAGGUUGAAGAAUUAAUUGAGAAAUACAUGAGACUAAGAGAUUAAAUUGUAUAUUUAUCAAGGACACUAAAUGAAAUAAAUACUUUGAUUUCUGAAAAAUAUUCAGCAUUACCAUUUUUGUUUCUAAUCAAAAAGAUAUUUAAAUUAAAUGAUUCAUUGACUAGAGCUUUGCUAGAUAAGUAAAAUAUAUUUAGAGUUGCAGACCUAUUAGAUAAAGUAUAUUAAAAUCCUCAUUUUUAAAAAUUCUUAUCACAAAUGUUAGAUGAUUAAUAAUUUUAUGAAAGUCUCUUAUAAUUCGCACUAAGGGGCGCUAAGUAAUUCAUUUUCAUCAUAUAGAUCAUUUUGGGAUGAAAUUUAAGACAAAAAUUGGUAGAAAGAACUGACAAUUGAAUGUUCAGCUUAAUUUAAUUAGAAUUUCAAAGAAGUGUUGAAUGAUUUCAUUAUUAGAACUUUGUCUGAAAAGAAAGAAAAAGAAAAAAAUCCAAAAGUAAUUGAACAAUAUAUUGAAUUAUAAAUUCAUCUAAUAGAUUGUUGUUGUUAUGAAAGGGUGUACCAGAAUGAUUAAGUAAAAAAUUUAAAUUUCUAUUAAAAAAGAAAAUAAACAUUAUGGAACAAUUCGAUGCUUUGUAUGAGAAACCAUUAAAAAUAAAGAAUGAUAUAUUUUCUGAAAAAGUGUAAUUGUUAUUUUUAUGA